AUCUUGACUUUAUAUUCACGGAAUAUAAGAGGUAAUUCUGACUUUAUUCCUUACAGUUGCGAGAUAUUACAUUGAAAUGGCAAGAAAUAAAGUCGGAAUGACCUCUUUUAUUUUGUGUGUAUAAAGUCACAUUUGUGAGUUCUAUAAAGUAGAAAUAGUUUUUCCCACAAUUGCAACUUUAUAUCUCGCAACAGCAAGAAAUAGUCAGAAUUACCUCUUUUAUAUUCCGAAUAGAAAGUGGAAAUUGCGAGAAAUAUAUAUUCAAAUUUGUGUGAAAAAACACAUGCAACUUAAUAUCUCACAACUCACAAUUCUGAGAUAUAAAGUUGCAAUUGUGAAAAACUAACAUAGAAAUUGCGAGAUUUAAAGUCAGAAUUAUGUGAUUAAAAACUCAACUUUAUUUCUCAAUUGCAACUGUAUCUUGCAUUUGUGACUUUAUAACACACAAUUCAACUUUAUUUCUUGCAAUUUCGACUUUAUAUUCAGAAUAUAAAAGGGGUAAUUCUGACUAUUUCUUGCAGUUGUGAGAUAUAAAGUUGAAAUUGUGAGAAAUAAAGUCGCAAUUUCUACUUUUUAUAACUCACAAUUUCGAUUUAUAUUCACAGAAUAUAAAAGAGGUCAUUCUGACUUCAUUCCUUGCAAUUGUGGCUUCAUAACUCACAAUUCUGAGAUAUAAAGUUGCAAUUGCGAAAUAAUAAAGUCAAAAUUGCGAGAUAUAAAGUUGCAGUUGUGAGAAAUAAAACUGCAGUUUGAAAGUUUUUAUCAUGCAAUUUCGACAAUUUCGAAAAAUGCAGCACGAGCAGCAAUCACUUGACAGUUUCAACGACCUGGAUCGCCUGCUUGGAUUGUCACAGAGUGACCGUCAUAAUUUGUGAAUCAGAGGAACUUUUUAUCCUGAUCCUGAAAUUUUGAUUCUGGCUGAUGGAAUACGCGCUUCAGAGGAAGAUAUUAGAUGAGCGCUUGAUGGGAAGAAAACACUGGAUCUUCAUGAGGUUCAUGAAUUACAUCUGUUUAAACACAAUAUCUGCAUAUUUGCAGGCAUCAUAUAAUAGAAGUUUUAUUGAUAUUUGCCUUUUAUCAUUAGAAAAGUUACAGGGAACUGCUGAGGAGAGACUGUUAGAAUACGUGCUUUAGAGGUAAAUAAAUGAGCGUUCCACAGGACGCUGGAUCUGCUCAAGUUUUGUGAGAAAAGUUACAGGGAACUGUUGAGGAGAGACUGUUAGAAUACGUGCUUCAGAGGAAGAUUUAUGAGCGUUCCACAGGACGCUGAUCUGCUCAAGUUUUGUGAGAAAAGUUACAGGGAACUGUUGAGGAGAGACUGUUAGAAAAUGUGCUUCAGAGGAAGAUUUAUGAGCGUUCCACAGGAUGCUGAUCUGCUCAAGUUUUGUGAGCUUGGUGCUGGGGUGAGUUUGCCUGGUGUAGUGGCUGCUAAGUGUGGCGCUCAUGUUAUUCUGUCGGACAGUGCAGAUUUCCCCCUCUGCCUGGAAAACUGCAGGCGCUCCUGUAAUGUCAAUAACCUCCCCAGUGUACCUGUGAUUGGACUCACCUGGGGACAGAUAUCCCCAGAACUCCUCUCUCUGCCACCUGUGGAUGUUAUCCUGGGAUCAGAUGUAUUCUAUGAACCUGAAGAUUUUGAAGAUAUACUUGUGACCAUCUCCUUUCUUGUUAGGAGAAACCCUCAUGCUCAAUUCUGGACAUCUUACCAGGAGAGAAGUGCUGACUGGUCCAUAGAUGCCUUGUUAUACAAAUGGGAUCUGAAGUGCAUUAAUGUUCCAUUAGAAACAUUUGAUGCGAACAAAAACCACCUAGCUGGAUCAACUCUUCCUGGGAAUCACACCAUACAAAUGCUGAUUAUAACAGCAAAAGAUAACCAUCAACAAAUUAGUGUAUAAGUUCUAUGAAUUCUUGGUGUUUGAGUACUUGCAUAUAAAAUGUUAAAUUAUUCAAUUGUUUAUCAUACAUAAAAGACUUUAAAAAAAGACUGACAACUGAGGAAUACUACAUGUGAUUCAUCCUAACAGUAUCACUUAACUUUUCAUUGCAGCACUUGUUACUCCUAGUCUUUUAACGGGUUAAGUCAAUAAGACAUUAAAAUGCUCUUUCUUGCUGCAGUAUUUCAUUUGUGACCAUUAUUCCAAUAAUAAUAAUAUAAACCUGUUCUGUAGUUUCUUUAAAAUGUAAAAACUUUCCUUGUUGCCUCACCUCAUGAAUCAUGAAUUCAGGGUUUCCACUCUUUCCAAGGCACAAAUUUCCAGGACAUUUUAUGCGCCCAACAAGUGUAAUAUUUACUAAGCAAAAACACAUGCGUCCAUUUAAAUCGAGCUUUUAUUUUGGCGGUUCUGUUUGUUUUUGAUGGGUGUUUCUCACCUCCAGAUAAGCAGUUUCCUCCAUGGACCAGUGUGAUUAUUAAUCCCCAUUAAGCUGCAAUUCAACGAAAUAAAUACAGUCUGUAUGUGCUACACACUUCAGAGUGCUCUUACACACAAGAGCGCGCAGGAUGAUCAUGAUGAGGUGUUUGUGUAUGAGCUGCCGUCUCUACGUAUUCAUUUUAAAGCACACAUCACUUGCAGAUUAUUUAUUCAAUUAAAUCAGAGACUUUUUUUUUGUUUCACACCAGGACAUAUUUUAAUUUUACAUUCAAACAUUUUCGCCAAAUAGUUAGCUUUGUACUCUCAAAGACAUAAUUUGUGAGCCAAAAACGUGUGAAAAAGACCUUGGUGUGAAGUUGGGAGCCGAGGUUCCAUUGAUGCGUGUGUCACUUCAUAGACAUUAGGCUCGUUUGAGAUGCCAAACGCUUUGCCUUGAAAGUAGAUAAGAGUAGACGGGUGCAGUCGGGAGGAGUGAAAUAAGAGCUGUGGACAAGACACCUUCGAGAUCAAAGGCAGAUAUCGUGGGAUUCACGUUCAUGCGGUGUUGCUGAUAAAGUGGAUGUAAUUUAAAUUCUGUUGCUUUAAAAUGAAAAUAUGAUGAAAGACUCAACGUACCUGUUAUUUAAUUUCCCGCUUAAGACGUGUCUUUCCAUCCAUUUUUAGUUUAAUAAAGACACAUUUUAGAUAAGAAAAUAUAAUUAAAAAAUCACAUAUCCCAUUCAAAGAUCGCACUGUCAGAGUGUUGGGAAUAUUCACAGAAUUUAUACACAUCAAACAUAAUAUUAGAAAUAAAAAAAAUCUAACAUUUUAGAAGAGAACGAAACAUCACGGUUGUUUAAGACAAUGAACAUUAAGCGGUGACAUCAGCAAGUCGUUUCCCAUCAUGCCUUUAGCCAGCGCAGUCAGGGGAGAGCAACUGCGCCAGACUGUGCCGCAAGAGUUUUUUGCUCAUUUCGAAUGAGCCUUUUAAUGUAUUCAGCAGUGCUAACGCAAGUCGAUCUGCCUCAGACAGCCAAGCACACGAUUGGCCGCUGCUGUCGUCAAUCACAAGGAUGUAAGCGCCCUUAACUGUUGACAUUUUUUUACAAUGUGUAGCCAGAAUACCUUACUUUUCAAACCUUCCCCUCCAACUGCUUGGAUUUAAUUUUGAUGCACAGUGGCCACUAUUCAUGAUUCAAUGAAUUCCAGAUGGAUAAAAUCAAGUCCGGUGCCUACAUUUAUUUUUCCACUGAAUAUCCCAGUUCACUAGGAAAUAUCAGAUUAUGGAAGUAAAAUGGG